ACCAUCAUCAGCAGAAGAGAAUUAAUAGAUAGCAGAGGUUACAAUGGCAAUAUCAGCCUUUGGAAACCUUGCAAUUUUUUCUCUCUUGCUUCUAAUUACAGCUGCAUCUGCCAUCACAGCUUCCAAUACAGCCCAUGAAAACUUCCUCCAAUGCUUCCUAAAUCACGCUCAACCCUCCAAUGCCUCCUCCCAUCUAGUGUAUACCCCAAAUACCACUGCCUACAAUACUGUCCUUCGAUCAUCCAUCCAAAACAUCCGUUUCCUCUACUCAUCCACUACAAAGAAGCCUGUCCUCAUUGUCACACCAACAAAUGAAUCCCACGUUCAAGCCUCUGUCGUCUGCAGCAGGAAGCAUGGACUUAAUAUCAGGGUCCGGAGUGGUGGCCAUGAUUAUGAGGGCAUGUCUUAUGUUUCAGACCACGAGGUGUUCAUCAUCGUCGAUCUUGCUAACCUCCGAUCGAUCACGGUCGAUGCAGAGCAUGGCACCGCUUGGGUUCAGGCUGGUGCAACACUCGGAGAACUUUAUUACGCAAUUGGAGUGAACAACAAGACCACUGGUUUCACUGCUGGAGUGUGUCCUACUGUUGGAGUCGGUGGCCACAUCAGUGGCGGCGGGAUCGGGACCAUAUCAAGGAAGUAUGGUGCAGCUGCCGAUAAUGUGAUCGAUGCGCAAUUGGUUGAUGCCCAUGGUAGGCUCCUGAACCGAGAAUCUAUGGGUGAGGAUCUGUUUUGGGCCAUAAGAGGAGGUGGUGCAGCAAGCUUUGGCAUCGUCCUCUCCUAUAAAAUCAAGUUGGUGUAUGUUCCACCAAUAGUCACUGCAUUUAAUAUUAACAGAAAUUUGAGGCAAAAUGCUACGUACCUUGUAAGCAGGUGGCAGCAAAUUGCAGAGAAGUUCGAUGAGAAUCUUUACAUGAGAGUCAUAGCACAAGCUGUUGAUGACUCAACAACAGGAAAUAGAACCAUUCAAGCUCUGUUCAACUCUCUUUUCCUUGGAACAUGCGAAGAACUCGUCACCUUGAUGGAAAAGAGCUUUCCCGAACUGGGUUUUGAGGCCAAGGAUUGCUCAGGUUCGGAGAUGAGUUGGCUGGAGUCUGUUCUCUUCUUUGCAGGCUACAGCAAUGAAAGUGUAAACAUCUUAUUGGACAGGAGACCUGAAUACAACAGCUCUUUUAAAGCUAAAUCAGACUUUGUGAGAGAGCCAAUUCCUGAGACCGAGUGGGAAAAGAUAUGGAAAUUUCUUCUGGAAGCGAAAGAUGAGCCCCUGGUGAUGAUAAUGGAACCCUUUGGUGGAAGGCUGAGCGAGAUUUCAGAAUCUGCAAUUCCUUUCCCUCACAGGAAGGGAAAUCUGUAUAUAAUUCAGUACUUCAUGAGGUGGUUUGAGAUAGAUCCUGCAGUGACAAAAAGGCAUCUAGAUUGGAUGAGGAAGUUGUAUGCCUUCAUGACUCCAUACGUCUCUACUUCUUUAGGCCCUUCUGGACAACCUGCAGCCAGUCGGAGGGUGGGCGAGAAUCCUUCCAUGGUGUAG